UCGUGGUCUUGUUUAAUUUGACAAGACUUGUUAUUCUCAACACAUCACAACACAAGACAUGUGUAAACUAGGUUUUAUAUUUUUGUUAUUGGGAUUAUUAACCAGGUUUUCGCUUGGAGCUAAAGGCUCGUCGAACUGUGGUACCAAUCAAUGGCAGUGCUCAGAUGGAAGUUGUAUAUUUCUGGUUGCCCGGUGUGACAACUUUCCUGAUUGUACUGACAAAUCAGAUGAACAAGGGUGUGUAUCUGUUGUAUGUAAUGAGGGACAACGACCAUGUACGUCAGGAGAAUGCAUAGACGCAAACAGAUUCUGUGAUGGUGUGAUACACUGUAAAGAUGCUGGUGAUGAACUAGCUGCUGAUUGCCGAGGUAUUAUACGGACAACAACACCGAUGUACAAUGCCAAAAAUUACACAGCAAUAACUGAACCUAACUCAACGGUUUCCUCAAAGACAACGGUAUUUUCUCUGGACCCCUUGCCGAAUCAACAGACAUCUUUGACAGCUCUUCCAUCUACAACAACAUAUCCAGUAACGAGACCAAACUGGAGAAAAUUAUUCACAAUGAAACCAGCAGACAAACCAACUACGCUGCCUGCACCUCCUUCACCAACUACACUGCCAGCACCUCACCCACCUUUAAUUUUUGUACCAAUCGAGACACACAGAAAGACCGAACUUCCAAAAUGGCCGACUUGGCCUCAACAAAUUACACGAAAGUUCGGGCAUAUGACUCCCGCAAGAACAUCAAUGGAGACUACUACAAUGAGGUCUACAACACCAUACUGGUAUAACUGGUAUAACACCACGUAUCAGCCAACCACGUCACGAACACCGUGUGUAGAGGUGGAAGACCGUUUUGAAUUUUGCCGGCGUCGUUACCGUGGUUACUUCCGCCACCCUAAUGACUGUAAACAAUACAUAGUGUGUGAAUGGGGAUUUAUGCAUAUAUGUACAUGUCCUAAUGACACACACUGGGAUCUGCGUAUAAUCGCAUGUGUCUGGGAAUAUACAUCACCAUGCAUAACAGGACAAUAUGACAAACCAAUAAUACCUGACCAAACAACAAGGGUGGUCACUUCAUCUUCUGCAAUUACUCCUUCAAAAUCCUCUAUCGCAACAACCACAAGCCAUUCUGCAACAACAACAAUAACACCUAGUCAUACGACAACAACAGAGUUUGUGCCGCCACCAAUACGACUUCGAGCUUUGCCCGCAACACCUGCUUGGUUGAAAGAGCUAACGGAAAAGACAUUCUUGAAGCCUCAUGAACCACCACCUCCGCGCUAUCAGUCAUUGCUGACACGAUUUUUCAAGGCUAUACCACAGGACGGGGUUACUCAGAGCAUCAGGUUGAAUAAAUAGAACUCCUUUUGCGUUUGUUCAAAUUUAAAAUACCUUGUGGGCUCUGAUGUUAUUGUUCUAAAAUAUACUGUAUAAUAGUAAUUGCUUUGACCAAAACUUUCGUUUACCGUAUUUCAAAGACAUAUCAUAAAGAUAAACUAAUAAACUGAUAAAUUAAUCAAUGUUUCAGUAAAUGGACAAGACAUAAAAUGUCAAUACAAACUUAAAAAAACAUGGCACAAUUGUGUACUUCAAGUCAAAUGACUAACAAUUAAUUGCGGAAAGCCCAAACAAUUAUUUACAGCAGCCUCAAAAUGGUUCAUAGCCGAUGCUGGAUGGGAGGGGGCGUAAGGGAUGUUGCACUUUCCAUUACUUCUCAUGAACAGACUCUGGUGUUUUUCUGCUUGGUUGUAUUCUAUCCUUCCAAAGAAUCUUUUUACAGAUUUUUAUACUCGCCUAAACGCACAAAAAAUCAAUCCCUAUGAAAUCGGUUUUUUCUGGAUCGUGUGUGACUAAUAAUGCACAUUUUAUUCAUUAAAAGUUUAACUUUUCAACUACAUGCACAUUUAUAAUGUUGCCUGCACAUUUUAUGAUCAUAUGCAUCUAUAAAACGCGCGUUUCGUUUCAGUUUAAGUAUAUACUAGGAUUUCAAAAUAUUACCGUGAAGUCACUCUAAAAGCUGAAUUAUAUUGUUUACAUGUUUAAAGUACAGAAAUGAAAAAAACUAAAGGGCAUUUUAGAAGGGAAAAGGUAAAAAGCAAAAGCAAAACAAAAGAUGAAAAAGGAGUGUUUCCGGAAAAGUAGCCAGCGAUUGUAUCUUUUUUAGCAAGGAAUAUUACAGAUGUGUCAUUCCUUUAUUUAAGUGUUUUCCAAAGAUAAGAGAAUAAAGCUGUACUUAACAAGUGUAUAAAAAUAAAAGCAACCCUAUAUGAACUUGCUGUUGAUAAAAUAACAUUUGGGGUUUUCUGCAAAAACUGCCGUUUUGUACAUUCAUAUUUUUAUUGUAGAUGUUUUUACAAAAAUAUAUUAACUGAUGAUGACAAAAGCAACAAAUGUCUUCAAUAUGUGUGAAACCAUGUUGUUCGUAGGAUGCCUUGUCUUAUGUUGAUAUAUAGUUACAUUUCAAAUAACACACAUUUAUUGCUUUAGUCUUGUACUAGCCAUGUCGUCUGUUCUUUUUUAUGAGAGUAAAAAGUGUCCAUAAAAGCCACCAGAGUAAAAAUAACCCCACGCUCUUUGAUCAGUGAUAUGUUUAUUUUCAGAUACCUUUCAUUGUGGUAUGGUAUACUUUAUUAUGAUAAAGUGCUUUGUUAGCAUAGUUUGAACCUACUUAUUUUUUACUGUCUUUUCAAGCUAACCACUUAACACAAUAAAGAAAUAAAGAAAAAGAAAAUAAUACAUUGCUGAAUUAAAACUUUUUAACUGCACUGUAACUGUCUAAUUUUCCAAUACAAGAAAUGUAUAUGUACAUGUAUAAUACUAUUUUAAA